UGUGGAGUGUGUUUCGGUACGGCUUGCCGCUUGCGAGACGCGAGUCGUUAGUUUUAUUGUUUUUUUUCGUCCUUCCAGCAAGCCACCCGUUUAUCGGUGUAUGCUUACCUGUACGGUUCAUAUUUUCAAAACUUUGGUGUUUCUCGCUAACUAGUUUACGAAUACUUCUGUUAUAAACAAAGUGAAAUCAAAGUGGACUCCAGAUGUUCGGACAAAUUGCAUAACCUCGUUUUGGAUCAACAAAUAAAUAUAUAAACAGUGCUCGGGACAAGUUUUGCUAGAGUUAAAAAAUAAAAAUAAAGUGAUGAAUUAUACAAUGGCUUAAACUGGUAAUCCAGGAGGAGAAUGGGCCGAUGUUACGCGAAUUUCGAUACAACUCGCAACUUCACCGACAUAACAUUUAUGCGUAAAUAACCGUGAAGGCAUCAAAAUGUGGCGUGGUUAUCAGCUAGUCGCUGUCCUGGGCUGCCUCGUGUUGAGCAGGGGUGAACUUCCCGAAGACGACUUCAGGAUAAUAAACAAACAAGACCUGUUGGCGUCAGAUAGCGAUAUCUUCGAAGAUAAGGAUGCCAGAUCGUUUUCGCAACUGUUGUUCGAUGUUGCAAGGGACCAGGUUAUUGUGGGUGCAAGAGACACCCUCUACCGUCUUUCCUUACGCGGCUUGCGACCACUAGAGCGCGCGUCCUGGCCAGCACCCGCAGACAAAACCAAGCUCUGCCAGGACAAAGGCCAGACGGAGGAAGACUGCCAUAACUACGUGAAAGUUCUUCUGUCGUAUGGACAUAAGCUGUUCGCUUGUGGGACUAAUGCCUUCAGUCCCCUGUGUAGCUGGCGAGAGAUCGAAUCACUAAACAUGGUCUCAGAAUGGGUAUCCGGGGUUGCGAAUUGUCCCCACAACCCCCACUCGAACGUGACCGCUAUUCUGUCGUCCAGUGGCGAAUAUUACGCAGGAACACCUACUGAUUUCACUAGUUCUGACACAGCAAUAUGCAGGAGUCGAGGGGCAUCCCCCAGAGACACAGGCAUGCUACGAACAACACAAUAUGACUUGAAUUGGCUGAACGAACCCCAAUUUGUUGGCAGUUUUGAAGAUGACCAUUUCGUUUAUUUUGUAUUUAGAGAAGUCGCAGUUGAACAUUUGAACUGCGGAAAGAUAAUCUAUUCCCGCAUCGCACGAGUAUGCAAGAACGACUCAGGCGGUCAUCUAGUGAUGAAAGACAAUUGGAGUACCUUCCUCAAGGCUCGGCUCAAAUGCUCAGUACCCGGAGAUGUGUCAUUCAACUAUGAUGAAGUGCAGAGCGUUGAGUAUUUGCCGCAGGAAAAGAUACUUGUUGCUGUGUUUACUACGCCUAUUAACAGUAUAGCCGGCAGCGCUGUAUGUAUAUACAAUAUGACAGACAUCCAAGCGGCUUUUGAGGGGCCAUACAAAGUGCAGGACUCGCCUACAUCCACCUGGGAACCGAAGUCACCAUCCAGACAGGCUAGAGAACAUUUUAGAUGUAUGCCAGAUACUAGACCAGGAAUAGAAUACCACCGAUACCACCUAAUGUACGACUCCAUCCGGCCUAUAUCAGGCGAGCCCGUAUAUAAAGCCACAUUAGAACGAUUCACGCACGUAACCGUAGAUGUUGCCAACACAAAAAAUGUGGGAAAACAACUCGUAGUGUUCGUAUCUACUGAGGAAAGCUAUAUUGUGAAGCUGGCAAUACUGCCGCGGUAUGAGGGCGCGUGUGUAGCGGAAAUAUGGAAGUUGAAAGAUGCCAUGGGUGGUUUUGAUGUACAGAGUAUGCAGUUUGUUAAGGAUACGAUGUCGCUAUACAUAGGCAGCGAUACAGCCGUGCUCCGUAUCGGCAGCGAGCGUUGUUCCCGAUACAAGACUCGAUCCAGCUGUGUAGGGGCAACCGACCCGCACUGUGGCUGGGAUGAUGCUAGGGAAGUGUGUGUGAGGUCGUCUCCACAUAUACACCAUUCGUACUUCGUGCAAAAUACGGCUACUUGUCCUACUGUGAGCACGCCCGUGGACGGUGGCUGGUCAUCGUGGUCAGAAUGGGAGCCUUGUAUGCAAGAUGGCACACCACGUGCUCCAUACGGCGAUGAUAAGCCAGAUAUGUGUAUGUGUCGUACACGCAGAUGUGAUAAUCCACGACCAGCAAAUGGUGGCCAAGUGUGCGCCGGAGCCAGUAUAGCAGUAACAAACUGUACAAUCCACGGUGGCUGGUCAGCCUGGUCGUCCUGGUCAGAAUGUUCCACCACUUGCGGUAUAGCCGUCAAGUCCAGACGCAGGACAUGUUCGUCGCCAGAACCUAAGUUUGGAGGCAGGGUGUGUGUUGGACAGGAUGUACAGGACUUGUACUGCGCUAAUCUGCCGCCUUGUCCAGACCCAGCACUGGCGCCAGUAGACGGCAGCUGGUCGCCCUGGGGCGCGUGGUCCUCUUGCACUGGCUCAGGGUGUGGAGCUGGUGCGGGCACGAGAGAACGGCGGAGAGUUUGUGCCAGUCCACCCCCUUCACAUGGGGGUGCUGAUUGUGAGGGUGCGAGAUAUGAGAGGCAGGCUUGUGAUCUGCGACCCUGUGAAGUGCGUAAAGCGACUGCGUGGACCCCCUGGGUGCAGAUGUUAGGUAAUGCAACAGAUGGCAGUUACACAGAAAAGCGAUUCAAGUUCCUGUGUAAAGCGCCCACACCGGAACAGAUAAAGCUAUCUCUAGCCCGCGAAGAAGAACGCUAUUGCAACCCCCAAGGCAUUUGCAGCAGUACCCCACCACAGGAAGGGGGUUGGGAGCCGUGGGGUCCGUGGGGGGCGUGCUCAGCGCCGUGUGGGGGUGGACAGCAACCCCGUGCACGACGGUGUCGCCGACCCCCUUGUGAAGGACCAGCUGAUAUGAUGAGGGCUUGUAACACGCAUGCGUGUAAUGGCGAAUGGUCCUGCUGGAGCGACUGGAGUGAGUGUAGCGGCAAUUGCGACAUUGGUUCCACCGGGCAUCGAACCCGCACUAGAAUGUGUUUGUCACCUGAAGGUUGCGCGGACGCAGGCGCGGCGCUCGAGAGGAGGAUAUGUGUUAAUACUUGUGCAGAUUCAGAAUCAGGUUGGGGGCCAUGGGGUCCAUGGGGCGAGUGUGAAGCGGGUGAGAGAGUUAGAAGAAGGAGCUGUGAGAGCGGCGCGUGUGUGGGCGCGCAGUUGCAGGUGGCGAGGUGUGACAAGGACAACGAUAUGGAUAACGAACUCUACGCGAUGCCGGCAUACAGUCAAGGAGUCGAAAUGGCGUCUUUCGUUACACUGCGCAAUGAUUCCCUCAGCGUGGGAGGCAUUGUUGGCUGUGUUGUCGCUGCUUUUAUUAUGGGUUGCCUAGUCUGUCUAGCAGUGGUAAUAUUCUGCCAUCGCCGAGGAUCCCUCCCGUGGAGGAAACAACCGCGAGUGCCUUCUAGCCCCCAUUAUAUAACGGCCAAACAGAAUAGCUACGUCACUGUGCCUUUGAAGGAAGUUCCUCGCAAAGCAAAACGGCAACCAUCAUUCUCAGGCAUCGGCGGAACUAGUGGUAUACUUCUAUCGAAAAGCAAUAAUAUUUCCAACGCUAAUAACCAUAAUACAGCGAUAACUACCCCCAAAUUGUACCCAAAAGCGAUCGCAAAUGAAUACGACUCUAUGGGCACGAUACGACGACAUUCCAAUCAACCGAAUAAUAAAAACAAUUUGGAUGUGGAAGAAGACAAAUUUUAUUGAACGGGGAAUUUUGUAAUGGAUUGGUCAUCUUUAUAUUUGAAACAUUUUGGCCACCUUUGUAUUGGAUACAUUUGUAUGGGUCAUCUUUGUAUUGACCGUCUUUGUAUUUUGAAACAUAUGUAACAUACACCUUUACAGGUGAAACGUGUUGACUGGUUGAGAGCUCGACGUUCUACCACAUAAUAUAAUGAUUUGACAAUUUUGUAUUUGACACCUAUUUUUGUAGGAAUUGAUUCUUUUUGUAUUAUAAAAUGUGAGCUAUGAAUUUAGUGUCAUAUAUUAUUAUCAAUUAAGUUCAAAAAGAGAAAUGAAUGUAUAUUGUAAAAUGAAGUAUUUGUACAUAUCAAAUAAUAUUUUUGAGUCUAUUAUUGUAGGCUGAUUCCUUAUUACGUUUAAAACUUAUUUUAAUAAUUGCGAACGUACUUAAAGUUAUUAAGUUUAACCUAAGUAAUUACUUACGCUUUGACGUCUAUUGGCAGCUGAACACUAUAAGAUCUAAUUUAAGUUAUUUAGGUCAAAUGGCAGUGCCAUGGGACUUAUAUAAAAUGCCUAUGUUUUUCUUUUCAUAGUAGAUUAUUUUCGGUUUUGAUCUCAGAGAGAUUUAUCCUAUUAAAUUUCUAAAUAAAAAAUUCUACUACUUUUUUGAAUUUUGUUUUUCUGUUAUCUAUGAAUUAAUACAUUUGAAUUUCUGAUACUUAUAAUGUAGUGUUUCAAAAGUAAUUUACUUUGGCUAGAUUUCUGAGAUAUCAUCUGUACAUGUAAAUUAGGCAGACAUAUUAAUCUUUGAUCCUUAUAACUAAGUUUAUAGACAUAUCAUUUAAAAUAUUCAUUGGAUUUGCUUCGUAUAAAAAGUAGCUAAUUAUUUUUAUUGUAGAAAAUUAAUUGACAAUUCGUAUUUUUCACUAAUUUCCGAUUUAAUCUAGUAUAAAAUUUUCAAUUAUCUCUUCAAGAUAUCUGUUAUUGCUGAAUUUAUUGAAUUUUAUUUUAUAUUUCCGAAUUAUAUUGUAUUUUUUAUAAUUAUCUUUAUAUUUUUUCUGCAGUAAUUUUUAGUAGCCCAGUGCCAUGGUGUAAAUGUAUAGAUAAUAUUAUAUUAAGUAUAAAGUAUAGAGAAAUAUAACAAAGCCGAUUGUGCCAUGUAUGUUAUUAUUAAUUAUUGUCCAUUAUUUAUAAGUGCCUUCUAUGUAAAAUAUUUUUCCAUUUUAAUGUAUACAAUUUUAAAUUUAAAUAUCAAUUUGUAAUAUGAAGAAAUAUAUAAAUCUAUUACGGUUAAGAAUGACGUGAAUGAUUUUUAUAAAUAAUUUUUUAUAUCAAUGAAAUAAAUAAAUAUUAAAUGCACGCUUUAAACGCUGCCUUAUCUACAAGGUCUUUCACACACGCUUAUAUAUUAUGUAUCAUAAUAUACACAGUUUCUAAAAUAUUUCAAUUUUUCGAAAAUAUUUUUCAAUUUAUGUAGAAAAAUUAAAGGCAAUUAAAAGCGAUCGGUAUUACUGUAUAGUACUAAAAAGUUGAUAAAUAAAGACAGGUUUCUUUAAAAGUGACAGGUAUUUUUGUAUGAAAUAUGCCGCACUAUAGUAAUGACUAAAAUGUUUUAUUAUAAAUAGAUAUUCUUACCACAAAACAAUUGAAAUACAGUCUAACUUAAAACCAGGGAUCUGUCACUUUAAUAGUUGUCUAAUGUCUAUGUGAUACGACAAAACCAGUUUAAAGAGAACCCGCGCUUAUAGGUAAACCCUGUCUAAAAUUUUGUGCUAAGAUUAUAUUUUCUCGUUAUGGAAGAGUCUCUU